GUCAGAAGCUAUGAGGCGGUCCACUACGGUGCCCACUUCCUCGUCCUCCUCCACACGCCAGUCUUUGGUCGACGACAGGACUGGUGGCGAGUUAUUGCCCGACACAUCUGCGCCACUGUACACUACCUGCACCUUCAGCAGCACCAGGGAGCUGUGGGUGACACCAUCUUGACCUAACAACCACGUGACCCCCUUCUCCUCACUCCAACGUUAACCUGACAUCAAAGGAAAAAAUGUGACAGCUGUGAAGUGGCAACACCUUUAUGUAAACUCCACUAUGGCCCUGUUUGAGUUGUCUGAAGCAAUAGAGUGUAGUCAACGAUGAGGUCUUUUGAUGAUGAAACACCGGUGCUCCUGAGGUCUUUGUAUAAACAAGUCCAAAGUCAACUUGUUCCACUCUACAACAGUAUUUCUAUCACUCUACUUCGUCAUCCUUCAUCAUUACUACUCGUGGGUAAACAACAGCCAACUGCUAUUCAUCGAGGCACCUCUAGUCGACCCAGCUGGGGAAGUGAAGGCAGUAGAGUGUGAACCGAGGCUUAGUAUGCAGUAUGUUGUAGUCCGAACUGCCCUUAACACUCACCGCCUCCCUAGGACUCCACCUUCACUGACAUUGACGGCAAGGGUCAUUGAAACUAAAAGAAAUUCCACAGAUGUUAAUGGACAGUGAUUAAUGACGACAGAAACUCUUGAGUGUUAAUUAACAUAAACGUGAAGGGAAUGGACUGAAUUAACGCUCCAAAGUUAACAUUAAAUUAUAACAUGUUAAAUAAAAUGUCUCUGAAAAAGUUUAACAGUAGCAAGAAAAAGACACGAAAGGGAUUUUAACUGAGGAAAAAAUCAGAAGAUAUUUUAUUUAUAUAUUUGAACAGUGUGAAGGAAACUCGAAGGGACACUUAAGAGAAUUUAAAUGAACACUUUAGAAAACCUGAGUGAAAAUUUUUCAUGACUUGAGUGAACACACGUAAGUGAACCUAAGUGAACACCCGAAUGAACACUGGCAAGAUGGGUGGCAGGAGGAAGCCCCCAACAAUUCACACACAACUGUUGGUGUUGCAGCUUGCCCUCCUGCUGCUGCCACUGCUUCAGGUCACAGCUGCAACUUCAGGUUCGGAUGUCGGGUCGUGUUGGCGUCUGAAGCGUCGGGACGGCUCGUGUGGUCGGCUGCUCAAGAAGGAUGUUACGAAGGAUAUUUGCUGCUCAGGGCGUCACAGUCGAGGCUGGAGUGUCGCAUCCAUGACUUUACUCAAACCAUUUAAUGCUACGUCUGUUCUUCCUUCAGAUUUUUCCACCGCUGAAGAAAAUUGCUCACCCUGUUCAACGACAUGUGCCGGGGUGCGCUGUGGUGAGGACCGGAAGUGUGUGGUUCGCUGUGGUGCGCCGCGCUGCGUGUGUUCGCCGCAGUGCCACCUGAAACACAAGGAGGCUGUGUGUGGCUCUGACGGCCGCAGCUACAAAUCUGAGUGCCACUUGCUGAAGCGUGCUUGUAGGAAGAAGAAGAGACUGCUUGUGGCUCACUAUGGACCCUGCCAGACGUGCAGCGGAGUGCGUUGUGCUGGAGGGAAGAAGUGCGUACUGGACGAGCAGAUGACCCCGAGGUGCGUGCGUUGUCCCUCCACCUGCCCUCCCCUCCCCAAGCCCCGUCCCCUGUGUGCAGCCGACGACCACACCUACAUCUCCCCCUGCCAUCUAAGAAGAGCCUCAUGCCGCGCCGCCGCCGAGAUACCCAGGGCAUACAAGGGCCCCUGUAGAGAGGAUGCGACAUGCAGCGAUGUGAGAUGCUGGCGUAAGGAGCGCUGCCUCACCCGCCCAGACAACUCCAAACCGCAGUGUACCUUGUGUGACUCACUGGACUCGUGUCGCCCCUCCUCUCGCCCGGUCUGUGCCUCCGAUGGUCGCACCUACCCGUCUUGGUGCGCCUUCAGGCAUGAGGCGUGUCGCUCCGGCCGGGCUCUCAUGCCCACUCUGCAUCACCACUGCGCCGCGAGUCACCUCUCGCCCGGCACACAGUCUAUCCCUCUUUAUACCUGCCAGCAGCUCGUCAGUGAUCACACCCAGGCUGACGACUGCAACAAGCAUCAUUACAAGCAUAAGAAGACCAAGUAUCGUCGUCGCCAAGACCAGCUACGUGAGGAAGAGAACGAACUCCGGCAGGUGCUGGUAACUCAGAGGGUCCUCCAAGGAGUGGCAGAGGUCACCGGCACCUCCACCUUGGGCAAGUUCGAUCUCGAAGAUAACGCCAAUAACAUCGAGGGAGGAGGAGGAGGGGUAGCAGGUACGGGCAGCCGCAGGAAGGUCAACAGCAACAGCGCUGUCCUCACUGACAAGAGGAAGAAGCGAAAGCGUAGGAGGAGGAGGAGAAAUUGCAAAAAGAACCGAAAAAGAACGAGAAAGGAGAGACAACGAACCAGGAAAGAACACAAGACAAGAGUAGAGGGAGACUGAUGACCCCGGUUCAGAAGGUCGGGGAAGACAUAGGUACAGUGAGUGGAAGCCACAGGUAGAGGUACACGUCCUGCUAACAUGGAGAUCAAUAAUAACAAAGGAAGAUAAUGUAGCAGUAGAUUCAUCGGGAUUCAGAUAACUAGAAAAUCGGAUGGAUGUAAGAUUAAGUUGAAGGAGAACUACAGAGUCUUGGUGUAGGUGUUUGGGACGAAGAUUAUAUGUGCAAUCGUAACUCGAGAUGGUUUUGAACCGAGUGAAGUUAUGGCGAAAACUUGAGAAGAUAAUUUGAAUGUAGCUUCAUAUGGUGUUGGAAAGAUGAUGUAAUAAGAAUGCAGAAAAUAAUUUAAAUUAUUUAGCAAGCAGAUUUGUAAUUUGAAUUUAAAGUUACAUUCCAUUUAGUGAAUGUAAAAGAAGAAAGAAAAAAAUACGUGAAAGUAGCUGAAAAAAAUAAGUGACAGUUGAAAGAUCUUUAAUUUAAGAAGUAAAUAAAAGCGACACUGGAAAUGUGAUGUAUUCAAGAAAAAACCCGACAUUAUAGAUAAAAAAAGUAAUGGACAGAAACGAUGUGUACAAGUGGAAGAAGGAAGAGACUGUGACGCUUAAAUGAAUACAGGUUGGUGGAGAUUGUAAUUUGUAAACAGAUGGUAGCUGGAACACUGUAGAAGUCUGGAAAUAUAUAACAGUAGUUUGUAAUCUAUCAAGAGAUUAUGUAUAUAUAAUAAGCAGAUUAAUUAUAUGAUAUUUCUGCAUUUGGAACUAAUACUCAAGGGGUGAAUUUGGCACGUCAUUGCAGCGAAGAAGAGCCCGCUUUCACUGGGUCGACUAUUCACUGUGUUAAAUAGAUUCUCACUUCCAAGGAAAAAGAAAGAAAUAAUGCAGUGAAUUUUUUUUUAUCUAUGAUAGAAAAAUUCACUUCAUAAGAGUUUAUAACAAAUGCAUGAAGUCUUAUGUAGUAUUUAUGAUAAUUGAUGUAAGUAAAAAAAUAAAAUAAAAUAAAACAUACAAGAAACUUAACCUUUGAAGACCAUCAGCUCAGAGCACAACUCGCAUUGCACGGUAGAUGAAGAUAUUAUUUCAGUCUAAAUAUUGGAGCUUUUUAUGACUUGUUAAAUGAGCGGAUUAAGAUUACUCAGUAUUAUCUUAAGUAUUCUUUAGUUAACUCUCUCUCUUUCUCUCACUUUAUAUUUCCGCUCCUCGCCCUCUUCCUCUCAUUCAGUGGCUCUUCUUUCAUUCCUCAUUUUCCAUUAGUGUUCAAUAUAAUCAUCAAAGAAAUAUUCCAUUCCUUUCAGGUUUUCAUACGAAUUCAUAACAUUUUUAUCAUAUGCAAAAGGUCAAUACAUGUCGAGCUUUACGUCGCCAGUUCCGUUUUUAUACAUUUUUACAUUCAGUUGAAAUAGGUUUAAGCCAUACACACAUACACACACACACACGGGAGGGGAUGUGUGAGUCAUUGCAGCUGUAACAAAAAUAAUAAGCAACACAUUGGCGAAAAUUUAAUAAUGUAAUCUUUACCCGCGUGGUGGACGAAGACCAUCAGUGGUGCUAUACGGUGGCUCCCUCACUCAAGCUGCCAAAUGUUAUAAGAUGCAUUAUUCACCAUUGUUCUUGUUUUUAGUGUUUUUUUUAUUGUUAUUUAAAGAUUGUAUUUCAUUUCGCAUGAUUAUAUAUAUUUUGGAAUUGAAAAACAUAAAAAACAAAAUACUAGUGUGCGCUAAAAAUUCCGGCCCACGUGAUGUUUGUGGGCAUUGUUUUCUAUCGUUUGUCUGCAUUUUGAGUCUUCACUCUUUUGUGAAUUAUACAAUGGGUUAUAACCUUUAUACUCUCCCCAUGGCUAUAUAAUAAAUCCCCAUUUCCCCAAAGAUGUGAUUAAUGCUUUUCAUUACAUCAAAUUAACUCAUUUUGAUAAAGUUUUUGUCGUGUACCAAAGUCUGAAGACUUAGGUGUUUACAUCAUAAGAAUCUCACUCGAGGAUUUGUCUCAAGCAUCUAUAGUGUACUUCAUAUGCCAAACUCCUUAUGUUAUGUUAAAUUGUCUUAAUGUAGCGCGAAUUUAGUUUAAGUAUCUUUCUUCUGUGCACUGUCCUUUUCAACAUUUAAUUUAUUAUAAUUUAUUAAUGUUAAUUUUUACAUAGACUUAAAAAAAAUCGACACAUUUGGCAAUAUCCUACAUCUAUUUCAGUCUUCUAGGUAAUGAUAAUAAAAGAGAUUUAACCAACAUUUUUUAUAUUUCAAUAUGUUGAUAUUGUACCAAAAGUUAUAUUGAAGAGCAGUAUUUACCAGCUAUAAACCAGUCACAUACAUAGCCCACAAGUAGAGAGCAGAUAUUCGGGUAACUAAUAGGUAACCCGAAUGUUUUAAAAAAUGGCCGAUAUUAUCAAUGUUUUAGUCUAUUAGCAAAUGUUUGUACUAAGAAGAAAACCGUCUAUAUUAUUAUUAUUAUUAUUAUUAUUAUCAUUAUUAUUAUUAUUAUUAUUAUUAUUAUUGGUAAAUAUGAACGAGGAGCAUCAUUCAUAACUGUACAGAAGUAUGAAAUAGUGUGACACGACAAAUUAUUGGAAAUUACAGUAUUUCACUUAUUGAUUGACGUAACCACAAAGUUGCGGGUUAUUGCGGCGUCAGUAUUCUUCUGGUCAAACGGUAUGAAGGUAAAAUCCGACUCAUAUAUCCCUACACCAAGCUGACACUAAGGACACUGAUUUUGUUGUCGAGCUGUCGCCAGCUACUUCGUUCACAGACCAUCUAAAUCAAUAAAUAGUGUUUCCCCCAAAAUAAUGUUAUGGUUAAUGUUACUAUUUCUCUACUUUUACUCAUUUUUCAAUCUAUGUAACAUUGAAAUGUAAUGUGAAGUCAAUUGUUAUCCUUUUGCCAUACGUACUUGGCUUUUCCUUCCCUAUCCUCAACAGAUCAUCAAUCAGUAAAACAGAUCCACCUCCCCCCAAAAUUUAAGUAUAAGCCACUUAUAUAUUCUUUGUGUACUUACUCAUUCUUGCUCACAAUACUCAUAAAGCUACCAGAAUUAGCAUAAGUAUAUCGGUUAAUACCAAGACAAGUUGGCUCCUUAUAAGGCAAUGAUCUUUCUACUCACUAAUCCUCUCUCAGGGAUUCCCCAUAUAAACAUUAUGAAUAAUUUUCAUAAGUUAAUGUAUAAGAAUAAUUUGAAGGAGAUACUAUAUUUCAUGAGAGUAAUAUGACGUUAGAUUUAUAUUAUGUAUCGGAUUAUGUUUUAACUGUAAAAAUGUUGUGUUAGUAUUUAAGGUUUAUUCUUGUUAGAUAUAUAUUGUUUUAAAUCGGUUCACUAGCUUUCCUACAUUAUGUGUAUAUAUCAUGUUUAUUUUACGUGCCUCAGUCACUUGAUGUGUGUGGAGAAGUUUCUACUCUAGGAGCUGCAAGUAUUGAUGAUGGUAGACAUUAUCGACCUACUGUACUAGAUUGAAGUUCCACCAUACUACUGAAGGAAUAUGUAAACCUAGAUUAUAAUACAGAGCUCAUAGUAAAGUAGAGUAGAAGAAUUAAUGAUUCUAACAUAAUGUAUGACAUAUAUAGUCUUGCCUAUGUAUUCUUAUUUAUGUGGUUUUGAAAUUUUUAAGCAGUCAACGCAGAGGACAAACGUUGUGUAUUUGUAUUUCUGCUAUAGUCUUCCAUUAGCACUCACUAUCCUGUGGUGCUCCUCUAAUAAAAAGUACCCAUUAA